AUGGGUUCGACUACUCAAUCGUUCAAGGCCGAGGCCGUCUUCCCUAGCACUAGCCCGCCGUUUGUGCAAUUCGCAAGCAGGCGCAGUGUGGUGCACAGUACCAAGGGCAUGGUCGCAUGUACGCAACCUCUAGCAGCCGAGGCGGGACAGAGGAUACUGAAGAUGGGUGGGAAUGCAGCCGACGCCGCGGUCGCAGUCGCCGCAGCGUUAAACAUGACCGAACCCUCGUCGACCGGGAUAGGAGGAGACAUGUUCUGCUUAUUCUUCGAUGCCAAAACAAAAAAGGUGCACGCCUUGAACGGCUCCGGUAGAAGUCCAAAGAAUACCACGGUCGAACAAGUGCGGAAAGAGCUGGGCCAGCAGAGAGUAAACAUACCUACGCAUAGUGCACUCGCCGUGACUGUCCCCGGUGCAGCGGCGGGGUGGGUCGACACUAUUGCCAAGUUUGGUAGUGGGAAGGUCAGUAUGGAGCAGAUCCUCACGCCGGCCAUCGAGCUGGGCGAGGAAGGGUUCCCCGUCAGUGAAUUUGCGGCAAGCUUUUGGCAAGCAGGCGAGGCAGACCUGAAGCGGGCCUCGCCGAAUUUCAGAGAGAUGCUGAAACGAGACAAGAAAGCGGAUCAGUUCGUCCGGGCUCCGAGAGCCGGUGAGAUCAUGCACAACCCUUGUCUGGCAAAGACGUUUCGGGCCUUGGCGGCCGAGGGCAAGAAGGGGUUCUACACGGGCAGGAUCGCCAAGAGUAUCGUCGACGUGCUUCAGUCUUCGGGCGGGUUUAUGGAACUGUCGGAUCUGGAAGACCAUAUGAACCGCGGAGCAGACGAACCUGAAGCUAUCUCGCUCAAGUUCCGCGGCCAGAAUGUGAAGAACAAAGGGCAACAAAGGCUGACAGACAGUGUGGGAGAUUACUUCGUCGAACUGUGGGAACAUCCUCCCAACGGACAGGGUAUUGUGGCGCUGAUGGCCCUGGGGAUUUUAGAGGAGCUGGAACGGACUGGCAAGAUCCAGACAUUUGCGCUGGAAGACCACAACAGCGCCUCGUACUUGCAUGCGGUGAUUGAGGCCCUCCGGAUCGCGUUUGCAGAUGCAGCCUGGUGGGUGACGGAUCCCGAGUACAUGCCGGUCAAGUCUGCCGAGUUGAUCUCGAGAGAGUACCUGGCCGAGCGAGCGAAGUUGUUCAACAAGGACAAAGCCGUCAAUCACGCACAUGGCAAACCCCGCAGCCCGGCCCAGAAUCACAGUGACACGGUCUACUUUGCCGUCGCAGACAAGGACGGCAACGGGUGCAGUUUCAUCAACUCGAACUACGAAGGGUUCGGGUCUUGUAUUAUUCCGCAAGGGUGUGGCUUUACGCUGCAGAACCGAGGGUCGAACUUUGAGUUGGGACCGGACGAUCAUCCGAACAUCUACCAGGGCGGAAAGAGACCCUACCAUACCAUCAUCCCGGGGAUGAUCACUCAUGGGGAUGGGGAUGAGAGGCAGCUGCAUUCGGUGUAUGGUGUCAUGGGAGGGUUCAUGCAGCCCCAGGGCCAUGUGCAGGUGUUGCUCAACAUGGAGGUGUUUGGGAUGAAUCCUCAACAGGCACUGGACGCACCGAGGAUCUGUAUUGGUGCGGGAAAUCCGGAGCAGGGAGAGAAUCAGAUGAACGUGGUGUAUAUGGAGGAAGGGAUUGAUGAGGGAGUGGUCAGGGUGUUGAAGAGUAUGGGUCACGAUGUCGAGGUCGUGAAUGGAUGGAGUCGAGGGAAAUUUGGACGAGGGCAGGUUAUCAGAAGGCAUGUUGAUGAAGAGACAGGGCAGGCUGUGUUCAGUGGUGGAAGUGAUUUGAGGGGCGACGGGAUGGCCAUUCCUGUAUAG